GAGACCCAGGAAGUGACGGCCCUGCUGGUGGUCCUUCUGGAGUCGGUCAAGUCCGCGGCGCUACCUCUGCGGCCACCGCGUUCCCGGGCGAUGGAGAAUGGAGCGGUGUACGGCCCUACCACGGAGGAGGACCCGGGCCCGGCCAGGGGCGCCCGGAGCGGCCUCGCCGCCUACUUCUCCCUGGGCCGGCUUCCGUUGCGUCGGCUCGCGCUCAAAGCCUUGCAGCUGUUGCUGUCCCUGCUGGCCUUUAUCUGCGAGGAAGUCGUGUCACAGUGCACACUGUGUGGAGGACUUUACUUCUUUGAAUUCGUAAGCUGCAGUGCCUUUCUUCUGAGUCUCCUCAUCCUCAUUGUGUACUGCACUCCCGUUUACGACCAAGUCGAUACUCCCAAAGUCAAGCAGUCGGAUUUUUAUCUUACUGCGGGAACAGGAUUUGUGUUUUUGUUGGCAUCCAUCAUUUUCGUUUCCACACAUGAUAGGACCAAAGCUGAGAUCGCUGCAAUUGUGUUUGGAUUUCUAGCAAGUAUUAUGUUCCUGUCUGACUUUGUCAUUAUGUUCUUCGAGAGACGACAGGAGUCCCAGAUGAGGAAACCAGAGGCUGCCAGGAGCGCAGGGGCCCUCACAGAACCCCUUAAUGCUUAAGGACUCUGGGGACCGGGUGUUACAUAAGGUAUUGACUGCGUGCCGCCUGAGCCCUGGCCGAAGCUCAUGUAGAAUUUGUGUAAUUGUUAAACCACUUCUUUCAGAGAGCAAGGGGAAGGACAGGAAGGCAGUUUUAUUAACUUUUGCCUAUGUGUCAGUCACUGCAAAUUAGGUCAGUGUUUUUGGGUUAAAAAAAAAUUUUUUUUUAAAUAACCGUUAAAACUUCUGUCACAUGAAAUGGUUCUCCUUUUUUGUUUUGGAGGUGAGGACAGUUUCUUUAAAUCUCAUAGCUCAACUGAUUCUGAUUUAUUCUGUCA